AGAACAUCACACACGCAAGGAUGGCGGGUUUGAGCCAUGUGGCUUGAAAGCUACAAUUCGGAGACCAAGAAUCAGCAUCAUUCGCGGUCAACCCCUCCCCGUCCUCUGGCAUCAAAUUUCACCAUCUCUGGCCCCAGGGGUUACGGAUUGCGAUUCCACCUUGAUUUGACAGGGUGCUGGCCCACUUCCCGAUGGUGUCUGGGGGAAUACGGUUUCAGACCAUCACCACUGCAUCUGUUACUAGGUUUAAGAACCCCUCAGGAGGCGUUGCGAUCAAGGGUCCGUCCGUCCAAGAACGGAGCACGCCGAAAUUCACACCUCGGCUGUCACCAAAAAUACGAUUUCAUUGUGCGAGAGGAAGAAGUGAGAGUCCCUGCCCUAACUGAUUGUAUCUGCCAAGGUAUAAGCAUAAUACUUCGGCGGCUCCUACAGGUUGCCCUUCAUAUGCUGCCUGAGGCAUCCAUGAAGCUUUCAGUGCAACCUAGAUCACUGCAGAUCGUAUAGAAUAAAGAACAAACCGCAGUAAGAGACGGUACAGCAUAUAUAUCCGUGGAUGCAAUGACUCAAUAAGACAAAUUAUUCCAUGAUCACCAUUCUUCAACUGUAUGAUGGAACUAACCGGCAUUCUAGGAUUGACAUUGUUCGUUUCCUGCCCCUGAACUUUUCGGCCUUGAUCCACAACCAUACCAUCUUAGACAUUAAACGUAUAAGCGAACAUUCCAGGUUGGUCACAUUAUGUCUAGUGGGUCCCUUCAGCUUCCAACCCCUCAUCAUACUUUUUUAUGGAAGAUUCUAGCCCCUCGUGCCAAUCAGGCACAUUAACUUGAAGUUAUACAUAGGGUGCUUUGGUAUAUAUCCCCAGUGUCUGCGUACCAGCCGCCGAACUCCCAAUCGACAGGUGCAGCGACUCUGCCAUAGUAUAUAAUAAUAUUCCGCGGGCAGUGAUCG